AUGGAUCGCGUCAGGGCCAUGAUACCCUAUUUGAGCCGACGUGGCUGCUUCCAAACGAAUUUCUAUCGCGUGCACGUCAUCUACUUCCUCCUGACCAUAAUCCUCUCGUCUGUCAUCAUGUACGGUAGCGGCGUCAACGGUAACAGUGGCGAUGCCGAAGCCCUCUUCAAGCUUCGCUACAUCGACGCCAUCUUCCUUUGUACAAGUGCCAUGACUGCCACAGGUUUGUCCACGGUCAAUCUGAGCGACAUAACGGGCUUCCAGCAGUCCAUCCUCUUUCUUCUUGUUCUACUCGGCAACGUGACCAUCACUGCUCACGCUACAACCUGGCUAAGGCGGCACUUUUUCCGGAAGCAUAUGAAGCACUUUCUCCAACACUCCAAGGCUGCAAGGGAGAUCGUCGAUGGGAUUGGUAGAGAGGAGAGCGGCAAAGUGGCAUCUUUGACCACCGGUGCUAGUCAUUCCACUUCUUCUGGCAUCCAAAAACGACCUCGAGGUGGUGGCACGCACCUAUCACAGACCAGCACGACUCAGGACCGCAGAAGCCACCACGAGAUCGGUCAUGGUGGACUUCCGUACCCAUGGGAGUGGGAGAUCAGUAGGAAGUUCACUUCGAAGUUCACAGCUCCAGCCCGUCCGAUCCGAGAACGACCGCACCACCACCUUUCAUUCAAGCCAUCGUUCGACCGAAAAGGUCGCUUCCACUCCCUCAGUGAACGCGAGGCUCAAGAGCUUGGUGGUGUGGAGUACCGAGCGUUAGGUGUCCUUAUGUGGCUGUUGCCUGUCUACACCAUCUUUUGGCUUGCAUUGGCCUUGGCGAUAAUGGUUCCAUGGAGCUACAAGGAUAGCGUUGCAGAUAUCGUUCGAUAUCAACAACCCGGCAACCUUAGCCCUGGCUGGUGGGCCUCAUUUUUGGUCGUCUCCGCCUACAGCAACUGUGGGCUUGACUUGCUCAAUCAAAGCAUGAUCCCGUUCCAAGGGUUCUAUCUCGCGUUGAUCGUUAUUGGUGGUGAAACAUGGGCAGGAAAUACCUUGUUCCCCAGCUUCCUGCGACUCACAAUAUGGACAACGGCCAAAAUCGUCCCUACGCACUCAAAGUUACACCACAGUCUCACGUUCCUGCUCCAGCAUCCACGUCGCUGCUUUAUUCUCCUCUUCCCGUCCAUCAACACAUGGUAUCUCACCGCCGUUCAAAUUUCGCUCCAUCUCCUACUUUGGAUCUUCUGGAUUCUUCUCCAGAUUGAUUACCCCACAAUUACAAGCCUACCGCCCGGAAAUCGAACGAUCUGUGGGCUAUUCCAAGCAUCAGGCGUGCGCACAGCUGGCAUGUACAUUAUCAACUUCAGCGAGAUUGCCCCUGCCUUGUUGGUAUUGUACACUGGUGCAAUGUACAUAUCAGGACUUCCAGUCAUCAUGUCGAUCCGAUCGACCAAUAUAUACGAAGAAAGAUCGCUUGGGGUGCAGGUACCGGGGAAAGCGGAUGAUGAAAUCGCGUCGGAGCGCUCGUACAUUGGAACGCACUUGCAAAGACAACUCACCUCAGACGCAUGGUGGGUCUUCAUCAGCUUCUUCCUUAUCUGUAUCGUGGAGCGCGACGCACUUUCAAUCCCAUCCCCGGGCUUCGACCUGUACGCCGUCUUCUUCGACACCGUCUCCGCAUUCGGUAACGUCGGUGAGAGCACGGGGGUUCCAUAUGACACGUACUCUUUCUGUGGCGCAUGGCAUACUGUGAGUAAGCUCAUAUUGAUCAUCGUGAUGCUCAGGGGCCGCCACAGAGGAUUGCCGAUGGCGAUUGAUCGGGCCGUGCUUUUGCCAGGUCAGGAGUUGAUGGAGAGGAUGGACAAGGAGUACAACGGCACGGUGGACACGAGGGAUCGCGCUGAAGUGGAAGAACAGAUACGUAAAAUGCAAACAGGAUCCCAGGCAGAGAAGAUAGACGAGGGUCAGGACCCGGGACAAGAUCAAGAGACGAAGGAGAAGAUGCAUCAGGAUCCCGCUGAAGAGGCUAUUGCUGGAAAUGCUUGA